AUGGCUUUGCGCUUGAAUUCAGUUAAAGGGCCAGCUCAGACUAAUAUCAGCGCGUCGCUUUAGCAGACCUGUUAAAGCCCUUUGUUUUUCAUUAAAUGUGCUAUGAACGCUAGGCGAACCCCCAGCAAUGGAUUUUACACAAAGCGGGGCUACUAUCCCUUUGUAAACAACGGGGCAUCCUUUUUAACAGUCGCCACGCAGCAGCUGCUUUGUCACACACGCACAUUCGUUUUACCGCAGUGCAUCUGCAGCAUCCUCUGAACCGGGCGACAGAGGUGCCGCUGUGGCGUAGUCAAAAACACCGUUAACUGAGCACAGGACGUGUUUGUUUUAUUGUAUUUCUUGUCUGGCUUUUAUGUAGACGUGUGCGCUCACGCAGUUUUAUCUGCAAUGCCUGCACGACCGAAGUAUCUCUUCUACGAGCGCAGGGUCAUUAGAUAGGUAAAAUUACAAGUCUUUCCACAGCAGAUGUCAUCGCACGAGAGGAGUGUAUAUUUUUUUUUCCCGAAGAGACGACUCCGCUUCAGAAGAGGCCUCUAAAUUCAGGACAGUAGGCUCUGCUUGCAGUGAUCCGACUAAGCAUAAUUAUAUUUAGACCAUUUGAUUGGUCUGUGUUAAAUAUUGGUAGCGUGAAGCUUGUAGCCAUUUGAUUCUGAUCAUAGAGCAUGCAAAUUAAUUAGCCUAUAUAUGCACUUGCAUGUAAGAAUAUUGUACACGUUCAGUCAGUAGCUGGCAUGUUGCACAUUAUAUAAGCACAUAUGUUUUCCAAAUUAGUGUACCUGUAUUGUCUGUAAUUUGCUGAGCAUGUGGCCCCAGGAAGGUCUAAUGAUUGCUCUGUGCAUCUCACAUUAGGACCUCAGGGAAAAAGAUAAUCAGAUCUCAGGGUGUUCAUCUGGGGAGCACUGUGAGUCACCAGAUAUUUGCUACUUGAUAAUUAAACACAGAAAGCCCAAUACUUGAAGGCAUUAGUCCAAUAGAGAUACACUGAAGGGGGGGCUGUCUUAAAAGUAGCAAUAACUCUGACAAUAAAUUCUGUGACCAACUGGAAACUGUUGCUGGGUUGAGCCAAAGAACUGAGCCACUAACAGUAGUUUCAUAGGUCUGUCAUAAACAACCUGAGGUGUGUAAAGGAGGCCUGUAGACAUAUAUUUUGCACAUUACAAUGCAUGAUUAGCUGCCAGGUACAUACAUAUAUUUGCCUGACACACAGCUUUUAACAUUUGCAGAUAAGCUCCAGUUUUCUUAAAAUAUAAAAAAUAUCCAGUCAGCACAGGUGUGAAGGUGCUCAGUUUACGAGUGUUGUAAAUGUAAUUUAAAUCUUCAACAACAAUCCUUUGGAAACACUAGUGUUAAAGUUUUAGUUUUUGCACCUCUGUGCAAAAUAAAGCCGUUACUCUGACAUCCAGUGACAUGGCAGCGUUCCACCUAGUGCUCCUUUCUCUGCUCUGCACCCUGUUUGUGUACCGGUGUCAUGGGGCCUGUGUGGAGGUGGACUCUGACACAGAGGCUGUGGCAGGCCAAGGCUUCAAACUGGGCUGCCUCUCCUGCAAGAAGAGGAGUGAGGUGGAAGGUGUCGCCACUAUCGAGUGGCAAUUCAGAGCCAAAGGCGAGGCAGACUUUGUUCCUAUCUACACCUAUAAUGAGUACGGCCCCACCAUUGAAAGCGAGCAGUUUCUGGACCGUGUGGAUUGGAACGGGACUAAAAGGAGCAAUGACAUACAAGAUGCAUCCAUAUACCUUCUCAACGUCACUUUCAACGACUCUGGCACCUACCAGUGUUUCUUCAACCGCGUGCUGUUCUUUACCAACCACGAGUACAACAGCAACAUCAGAAAGGUGGUCCACCUCUCCGUGGUGGCUAAAGCCAGCAGAGGCACAGCUUCCAUCGUGUCAGAGAUCAUGAUGUACGUUUCCAUCAUCGGCCUGCAGCUCUGGCUGCUCAUCGAAAUGAUAUACUGCUACAGAAAGAUCGCAGCAGCUGGGGAAGAAGCAUUACGCGAAGCUGCAAAUGCUGAAUAUUUAGCGAUAACCUCAGAAAGUAAAGAUAACUGUGCAGGGGUGCAGGUCGGAGAAUAGCACAGGCUUCCUCCAUGGGCUGAAACCAUCCUUCCGUCCUCUGACCUGCAUGACGACAACUUGGGGGAACAACUCGCCCAACUCUUCCUCUCAAGUCUCCAGUUUAGCCUGUCCUUGACAAUGAUCACAAGUGGAUGUGACGUACAAAGAGAGCAUGGUACCAGCAUUGUAUAUAGUAUUCUGUGCACAAAAGCAUGUCUUGCACUUAUAUGAGAACCCAUUAUGCAUUAAUGAGCUACAUAGUCAAAAGCAGAAACUGUACAUACAGUAUUUCUUUAAGUAUAUGUAGUUAUAUACAGUUAUAUAAAUUGUAUGUGGUACUGGUUGAUUGUAAAAGGAAGCUUUUUACUAAAUCAUCACCACCUAAUGUGAAAAUAUGAGACAACAUGUAUGGUAAAGGUAUGUAUACAACUGAAUGUCAUGGACUCUGAUAGACUUUAGUUCCAGUUGCUAUAUGUACAUUCAACAAAAUCUUAAGAUGUAUUAAUAAAAACUGAGAAAAUA